UCCACACUCACUCACCUCCACACGCUCCCGGCAGUCUAGAAUACGGUUAUGCAAUGGCGUGGGCACCGAAUCCUCCCAAUUUUUACAGGCAGUUCACAAGUGAAAAUCUCGAACGUCUGGACCAAUGGAAGAAGGAACAUUGCUCGGAGCUAGACAAGAACGGCGACGCGUCAAUCUCGCUCCUCAACUUACCCGCCGAGCUUCGCUACCUCGUGCCUCCCUCAACACCUCCCAAUGGCGAUUACCGGCUCUUUGGUGUCACGCGUACCACGCGCGACUAUCUGCGGCCCCUCGAAGAACAAGGCAUCACGCAGCUGUACCCGCCAACGACCUCGAUCCACACGCCGGACCGGGGAGUCCAUCUCAGGCAGUUGACACGCUCCAUCCUGCUUUCAUUCCUCGAACUAAUCGGCAUCUUGAGCCAGAACCCGUCCGAGAUCGAGCGAAAGCAAGAAGAGAUCAAGACAAUGUUCCUCAACGCUCUCCACCUGAUUAACGAAUACAGGCCACAUCAGGCAAGAGAGAGCCUCAUUUUGCGCAUGGAAGAUGAGAUCGAACGGGGAAGGGCCGAGGUCGACGAAAUCAAGAGGCUGAAGACGAAGGUGGAGGGGCUGGUCAAGGCUGCGGACGAGGACGCCGUUAUGGCGGACGCGGGAGCGCCGCUGAACGGGCUUGUGAACGGAGAGCCGAAUGGAAUUCACAGAAGUGGGAGCGAAGAGACGGGAGAUUUGCGUGUGCAAAGGGCAAUUUGGGAUCUGUUGAACACGGAGCUUUCGGGCUCGUGAGUCCUCCGGCCGAUGCUCCAGACAGCCUGUCGAUGGAAUUGAGUGAGAAGAGCAAAACGAGAAUCCCGUCCACGGGAAUCUCGGAAAAAUCAGCACUCUGCACAGGCUCGCAUUUGAGAUCCACUGUCCGGACUCAUACUCCAAACCAUGUGCAGACAGGGCUCAUUGUCAUUGCUCCGCUACAAAAGUUACAUGCUUAAAGGGAAAGCAAGGCGCUGUGUGCACAGAAUGGUGGGUGCCGCUCGAGCAAUAGGAGAUCUUGUGGUCUCAAACCACAGGGCUUAAAUAGCUUCACCACGGUGGUCGGUUCGGCCAAAGAAAAGCUGCUGUUAGUGCAUGGUGUGACUCUCGGAAGGAACUGACGAGGAGGGAAAGGGAGGAAGGACAAAGGAGACCGAAGCGAAUUUCUCAUAGGCUUCCGCUGCAGAAUGCGCAACUGGGUCUGCGGCGUGCGUCAGAAAAUGCGAAAGAUUCCACAGGCGGUAGUUGGCUUAAAUGAUAGUCUGUCCUUGCCAGAACAGCAUCCGACGCACAAAAGAAAAGUGUCGGGCAAGUUGACUAGGUCUUGAGAUGGCGACGGCCAUUACGGGGCGCCGGCAAGGACAUCGUCGUGAGCAAGCUCGACCCUUUGUGCGAGGGAAUGGCGACCAGGAGUCGACGUGGCUGUCACACUUGAGGUUCAUUUGAAUAUCGCUGUAGAAUUGCAGAAUGGACUGAUCACUGCUGCAAAGGCUUAGAUCACAUGGAAGUAAGACGGUGCGCAUGUCCGCUCCGUCGACGUCUCCACGCGAAUGACAUAACAUCA